AACUGGGUACGACUUAAUAUGUGGCUUGCCUGCUGCGUCGUCACUUUCAAGCAGUUUUAAUCAAGGACCUACAUAAUCGAACCCAAAAGGCUGGGCGCAUGUGAUUCAUCUCACACGGGGGGCCACCAAUGAGCCGAUUAAUCGUGCGCCUACCAAGUUGAUUGGCUUAUCUCACCCAUAAUCAAUCGCACCAAACACGAUGAAUUCCAAUCCGCCGCCUCCACCUCAGUCUCAGCUGUCCGACGCCUCCGGCAAGAAGAUCCGAAAGCCCUACACCAUUACCAAGUCCAGAGAAAGCUGGACGGAAGAAGAGCACGACAAGUUCCUCGAAGCACUCCAACUGUUCGACCGUGAUUGGAAGAAAAUUGAAGAUUUUGUUGGCUCAAAGACAGUAAUUCAGAUUCGGAGUCAUGCUCAGAAGUACUUUCUGAAGGUUCAGAAGAACGGAACAGUGGCUCAUGUUCCUCCACCUCGUCCCAAGCGGAAAGCUUCUCAUCCAUAUCCACAGAAAGCACCCAAAAAUGUUUUGGUGCCCCUGCAAGCAUCAGUGGCUUAUCAGUCUUCUUCUGUGAAUUCUAUAGCACAUGGAUAUCCGACAUGGGAAGAGGCUUCGGUGCUUGUGAACAAUGCGGUGCCUGGAAGCAUGCCAUCUGAAAAUGAAUAUAAUUAUCUUGGCGUUGAAGCUGAUAUUGGAUCAAAGGGGGUUUCAACUAUUAGCAACUGCAGUAUGAAUGCCUUUGGAAGUUCGCCAAGAACAACACCAACUUCCGAGUUACCAAAUCAGGGAAAGCAAGACUCUGUUGUUCAUGGUAUUCCAGAUUUUUCUGAAGUUUAUGGCUUCAUCGGUAGUGUCUUUGACCCAGAAAGUAAAGAUCAUGUGCAAAAACUCAAGGAGAUGGAUCCCAUUAAUUUUGAAACUGUCUUGUUAUUGAUGAGAAAUCUGACCUUAAAUUUGUCCAGUCCUGAGUUCGAGCCAAUUGUAAGUGCUCUGCCUCAUCUGGUUGCCCCAACAUUUUGUGUUGAAUUUUCUAUCUUGCCUACAGCAAGUGCAUUCGUGUGGUUUCUGUUUGAUUGAUCGCUGUAAAUGCAAUAGAACCUCUGUAGAUUAAUAUAUGUAGAUUGAUCCCACUACUAACGACGACGGACCACUUGUAAUCUUGCACCUUUGCUUGUACCCAUCCACCAAACUUGGGAAUGUCUAACUUGAUACACAAGAUUUGAUCAAACAUCGGAUUUCACCUUGGCUUCAUGGAACAGAAUAACACCAAUGAGAAAGUUCUAUUUUAUGGACAAAUCAUAAAUCACUAGUUUCUGACUCCUUUACCAAACAAUGACCUUUUAAUUCUGUGACUCUUUAAUUUUUCCAUGCCAUGGAUCUGCAUCCGUUUCCCUUUGCUCUCGUCUCAUUGUUGUGUCUUCACAUCAAUGAUCUAAUUUUCCAUGGUUUCCACAUAACAUUAGAUUGUUGUUGCAUUUCCAAGCAAGUAUUGUUAAUAGAAGCCUGCUAUUCCUUUACACUUCUUCCAGUUACAUUUUGCACUAGUUUUGGAGUUCCGGCCUAUUAUUUGAACAUAAGGCAUUAUAUGCCUAAAUUAUAAAGUUCCCUUGCAUGCAUUCCCGAAAUGUCCGGUUACUGAAGCGGUUUACAUGUAUGUUUGCAGAAAGAGGUCCUAUCAUCAUAUGAUGUCCAGGUGAAGGAAGUACAAGUUUCCCCCGGAACUGUGAUCAGUGCUGAAUGAGCUUCACCACUUCUCAGAAAGGACAGAUUUAUUUUUGAUCCGUAUAAAGUAAGUAAGCAGCACACGCCAUCAUCACCCCGAGCAAUAACUGAAGCAUAUAUAUGUCCUCUGAUUCUCUCUUCAAAGGCACUGUACAAGAGAAUCCAAUAGCAAGACCUUUAUAUACAAGGUAGAAGCAGCAGCCAAAAUGACACCGGAGAUGACAAGAAUCAUCCACUUGAUUUGUGCUUGCUCUACCACUAUGUAGAGCACACCUUUUUGUCCCUGUUGUAUAAAUCUGUUUAGGUAUAAAGCAUGAUACCUUUCUCACCUGUAACUUGUAUUUUUUUUUCCCAAUUUUGGUGCCGCAGCAGCUGUUGUGGUUAAUUCCUUGACAUAGUAGUGGCUGUAGUGCUGUGUCAUUCCAAGUUUCCCAUGUAGAUAAGUGAGAUUGUAGUUCAGUUCUUGCUGUAAACUUUCAUGUAUUGACAGUGCGCCUUGAUUUUAACACGAAGGUGAGUGCUGCACUUUGUGUUUAUAUGAUUGCCUCAACCAAA